UUUGAUUUGGGAUUAUGCAUUUGAAAAGUCAUUGUAGAAUAGUGUGAAAAUGUGAGAGAAAGAUCAGACUUUUCACCUUUUCGUGUCUUGGUCUACCUUUUUCCUCUGCCAUAAUAUAUAAUUUUUUGGGGGGGAGAACUUUUUUUCCGCUUUUACUCCAAUUUGGGUCUUUUUCAAUACUGCCAAACGAUUAGUCAAGUGUGUCCAAGAUGAUGCAGAAAAGGAUGGAAAAUUAGGGUUCUUUUGUUCAUAUUUGUUUAUCUAAACUAUUUACUUUUCUAUAAUAUAUAGUGGGAAAAAAUUAAAAAGAGAAAAUAGAGAGAGAGAGAGAGAGAGACGGGGGUGUGAACAGUGGGAUUAAAAAAAAGGGCUUUUCUUGUCCUCUUCCACCCUUUUUCCUUUUCUUUUUUUAUCUGGAAACAAGAUUUGCUGGUGAGAGAGAGAAUUUUCUAUAGAGAGAAGGACCUUGAGAGUCAUGCAUGAGCGUUGACAAGGAAGCAGCUUUUUUUGUUUCUGUUUCUAGUGUGAGAAUGCAAAAUUCUCAGUCUUAGCUGAAUCUGGGAAUCGCUUGGGUAGGGGUCAAAUAUCUAAAGAAUCAACAAAAUCCAUAACAUAUUAUACCCUUUUGUAAAAAAGUGACAGUGACUGCUAUAAGCUCAUUAGCUUCUUCAUUGAGAGAGAGAGAGAGAGAGAGAGAGAGAGAGAGAAGCUAAAAUCUGAGACUGAGUGUUGAUUUGAAAUUGUGAUGAGCUUUGGUGGUUUGCUAACCAGUACAAGCAGUGGUAACAGUGGCGGUGGUGGUGGUGGUGGGAGAGUUGUGGCUGGUUUUUCUCCACACAACAACAACAACAAUAACAACACCACCACCUACAUGCCCAGCGGUGCCAUUGCUCAGCCUCUCUUCCUCUCUCCCCCCAUUUCAAUGCAAAGUUCCUCCUCUACCCUCUCUCUUUCCUUACAGCAGAGGAACAUGGAUGGUCAUGGUGAAAUAGGCUUGCUUGCGGAGAAUUUCGAUCCCGGUAUUGUUGGGAGGAUGAGGGAUGAUGGGUAUGAGAGCAGGUCCGGCAGUGAUAAUUUUGAAGGUGCUUCUGGUGAUGAUCAAGACGGCGGCGAUGAACAACCACCGAGGAAGAAGAAGUACCAUAGGCAUACUCCUAAUCAAAUCCAAGAACUCGAAGCCUUCUUUAAGGAGUGUCCGCAUCCUGAUGAGAAACAAAGAUUGGAACUUAGCAAGAGGCUUAAUUUGGAGAAUAAGCAAGUGAAAUUUUGGUUCCAAAAUAGACGAACCCAGAUGAAGACUCAAUUGGAACGCCAUGAGAAUAUAAUUCUUAGACAAGAAAAUGAUAAACUCCGAGCUGAGAAUAGCAUGAUGAAAGAUGCCAUGGCAAACCCAGUAUGCAACCAAUGCGGUGGCCCGGCCAUUCCUGGUCAAAUAUCUUUCGAGGAACACCAACUUAGGAUUGAAAAUGCUCGAUUAAAAGACGAACUGAACCGGAUAUGUGCUUUGGCCAACAAAUUCUUAGGUAGGCCAUUGUCUUCUUUGGCUACUCCCAUUCCUAUUCCAAGCUCAACAGCCUCCGGAUUGCAACUUGCAGUUGGAAGAAAUGGGAUGGGUGGUUUAAAUCCUUCUUCUGCCAAUGCAUUGCCUAUGGGACUUGAUCUGGGAGAUGGGAUUGCAAGCUCUUCAUCUAUGAUGCCUUCGAUGAAAUCUUCAAUGGGGAUGAUGGGGAAUGAAAUGCCCUUCGGGAGAUCCAUGUUUGUAGAUCUUGCAUUGGCUGCUAUGGAUGAAUUGCUUAAGAUGGCUCAGCCUGAUACUCCUCUUUGGAUCAAAAGCUCAGAGGGUGGGAAAGAAACUUUGAACCAUGAGGAGUACCUGAGGACAGUCUUUUCUCCUUGUUUUGGUAUGAAACCCAGUGGGGUUGUAACUGAGGCUACAAGGGAUUCGUGUAUGGUUAUCAUCAACGGUUUGGCUCUUGUAGAGACGUUAAUGGAUGCGAAUCGAUGGAUAGAAAUGUUCCCUUGUUUGGUUGCUAGAGCUUCGACCAUUGAUUUGAUAUCCACUGGAAUGGGUGGAACUAGAAAUGGUGCUCUCCAAGUGAUGCAUGCGGAGCUGCAAGUGCUUUCCCCAUUAGUCCCUGUCCGUCCGCUGAAGUUUCUCCGGUUUUGCAAGCAACAGGCAGAGGGUGUAUGGGCUGUGGUUGAUGUUUCCAUUGAUGUCAAUCAAGAAGGCAUCAAUGAACACACAUUUUUGCACUGCAGGAGGCUUCCAUCGGGAUGUGUUGUGCAAGAUAUGCCUAAUGGGUACUCCAAGGUUACCUGGGUGGAACAUUCAGAAUAUGAUGAGAGUGUUGUCCAUCAACUCUUCCGCGAGUUGCUCAGUUCGGGUGUGGGCUUUGGUGCGCAGAGAUGGCUGGCCACCCUCCAAAGACAAUGCGAAUGCUUGGCAAUCCUCAUGUCUUCCACCGUCAAUUCCAGUGAAGAUCACACAGCCAUUAAUCCUGGUGGUAGGAGGAGCAUGUUAAAGCUGGCACAGAGAAUGGUAGAUAAUUUCUGUACCGGUGUUUGUGCCUCAACCGUUGGCAAAUGGGACAAACUCCACGUUGGUAACGUUGGUGAAGAUGUGAAGGUGAUGACCAGGAAGAGUGUGGAUGACCCCGGUGAGCCACCGGGUAUUGUAUUGAGUGCGGCAACUUCGGUUUGGAUUCCGGUUCCGCAGCAAAGGCUGUUUGAUUUCUUGAGGAAUGAAAGGUUGAGGAGUGAGUGGGACAUUUUGUCAAAUGGUGGACCAAUGCAAGAGAUGAUCCAUAUUGCAAAGGGCCAAGGACAUGGAAACUGUGUUUCCCUCCUUCGGGCCAGUGCUAUUAAUGCAAGUGAGAGCACCAUGCUGAUAUUGCAAGAAACAUGGUCGGAUGCUUCAUGUUCGUUGGUAGUGUAUGCACCAGUAGACACUGCAUCGAUCAAUGUGGUAAUGCAUGGCGGAGAAUCUGCUUAUGUAGCUCUCUUACCAUCAGGAUUCGCUAUCCUUCCUGAUGGUCGAUCUUCUGGUAUUGGAGGUUCCACCAGCUACAAUGGAUCCUCGAACAAAGGACAAGGCGAUGGUAGUAGUGGUGGUGGUGGAGAUGGUGGUGGGUCACUCCUUACAGUCGGUUUCCAAAUCUUGGUGAAUAGUCUUCCUAGUGCUAAGCUAACAGUGGAGUCGGUUGAGACGGUCAACAAUCUCAUCUCCUGCACAAUUGAGAAGAUCAAAGCCGCCCUUCAAGUAUCGUAAGUGAACAGCUGCUUGACGAAAUAAUUGUGGUUAAGGUUAUUUUGUUUAAAUGUUAUGUUUGAAAAAAAAAAAAAAAAAAAAAGAGGAAAGAAAAAAGAAAAGCGCCUAUAAUUAUAAGAAAAGAAGUAGGAGAGAUUAGAAGGGAUAGGAAGGAAGGAGGGAGCUAGAGAUUGAAUAAUCUCAUGAAAGGGUGUCGAGUCAAGAACGAACCGCAUGUGUGGGAGGUUAGUUAUUGUUGUUGGGGUUAGAAGAAGAUUUGAGUUAUUGUUCUACUUUGAUGGUUUGGUUUCUGAAGCAAAAACAGGCUGAAGAGUGGUGGUUCGGGUAUUGACUCGGUUGACCCGUGUGGGAAGUCUCAGCUUUUUAUUUUAUUUUUUAAUUUGUUUGUUUUAAUGUGUUACAUUGUUUGUGUCCUUAAAAAGAGAGAGAGAGAGAGAGAGGGAUGAUGCACAUUGGAGGAUUGUUGUUUUAUUGUCUUUAUUUGACAUCAAAUCUAGACUCUAUUAUUUA